AUGGAAAAAUUCACCAAUUGGAGAGACAAGGGCACAGGGAUUGCACCCUUUGUACCUACGCCACCUCCUUUGUCGCAAGAGAGGGGCUUGACAGGAGCUCUCAACAACUUGAAAUUCGUGCUGAAAGCCAUAUGUGUGCUGCCUCUGGUGCUUGUGGCUUUGAUUCUGCCCGAAUCUAUCUCCAAAAACAUAUGGCCGACCAUUUUGAAAGUACUGGUCAAUUGGAGCUCGCAAUUGACAACUCAAGGUGUAAAGAAGCGGGACCAACGGGGAGAAUUGCCUACCGCUGACAGCGGUAUCUACUUGGCGAAUUGUAGCAGUCCUUUUGAUGCGGUUGCAUUGUGGUUCUUAGCCCAGGGCCCCGUCGCAUUUUGCGUGCCAUUGGGAAACGGAAAGCAGUCUCGAAUCGUUCAAUUGGGUAUUUGGCAGUUUUUACAGUUCGCUCUCAAUAACGGGCAGUUGCGCCAAGAUGAGUCUCACUUUCAACAAAUUAAGACUAAGUCUCAAUUAAAAGGCCACGUUGUGUAUUUGUUCGCUGAAGGUACGACUUCGAACGGAAAAAGUGUGCUACCUUUUGGUCUAACACAGGAAACAUGGGAUGAAUUCUUGGGCCAAAAAAGCAUAAAUACCGCAAGUUCUACGUCUUACAGCGGUGACAAUAACAACAGACAAGUAGCUGCUGAUGUCAAGGUUCACGCCAUACUUUUGAAAAUCAAUAGCUCUCUCACCACGCCUUUGAAACUUGAUAAAUGGAAAUAUUUGGUUAGAGCUUCAGCCCAGGGUGUCAGCUACAAGUGUAGAAUUAUCAAAUCGGUAGGUCCAGAGCUGACAAAAGCGCGUGCAGCACUUGUGGGCGGAGAUAAAUUUCGGCUCGUUGGCAAAGAACUGAACACGGAGUCCAAACGUAAAUUUAUCAAAGAAUUUGGGAGCCGUAGACGCUAG